AUGGAGCACAGCAACGGAGUUUGGCAGGUGUAUAUCAAUGAUGCUAGAUCCUUUGUGGAAGAUGUAGAGUUCUUCUACAAGUAUGUGGCAAGGUGUCGCGGCUUCAACUCGAAAAAGUCCUGGAUCACGCACGCAGUGCUCGGUCAUUGCACCUUCCCUUGCAACUUUAAUCUCCAUGCUCACCUCGACAACAUGUCCAAACAGCGGCGCGGGAACAAGCGUGAAAGUUAUCUUUCAAGCAAACGGAAUCAUGUGCGAGCCAAGGCGAUCUUCGCUGUUCCUGACAGGCUCCGAAUCUACGUUGGGCGAGUGGAAUCUGAAACAAGCUCGACAGCUGCGCCAGAACCUGCCGAAUACUUUCCAUACAACCCUGUUCAUGGAUGGGAACAGGAGCAGCAGCAGCAGCAGCAGCAGCAGCAGCAGCAGCAGCAGCAGCAGCAGCAGCAGCAGCAGCAGCAGCAGCAGCAGCAGCAGCAGCAGCAGCAGCAGCAGCAGCAGCAGCAGCAGCAGCAGCAGCAGCAGCAGCAGCAGCAGCAGCAGCAGCAGCAGCAGCAGCAGCAGCAGCAGUAG